CCGUUUAUCCCAUAUUUUUCCCCUUUUCUCCUCAAACCGCCCUUUUCCCGCCUCCCCCCCGCCCCCGCUCCCCUCAGGCCGCCAUGGCGCUGGUCUCCGCCGACUCCCGCAUCGCCGAGCUGCUGGGGGAGCUGCACCAGCUCAUCAAACAGACGCAGGAGGAGCGAUCCCGCAGCGAGCACAACCUGGUCAACAUCCAGAAAACCCACGAGCGGAUGCAGACGGAGAAUAAAAUCUCCCCCUAUUACCGGACCAAGCUGCGGGGGCUCUACACCACCGCCAAGGCCGACGCCGAGGCCGAGUGCAACAUUUUACGCAAGGCCCUGGAUAAAAUCGCCGAGAUCAAGUCUCUCCUGGAGGAGCGCCGCAUCGCGGCCAAAAUCGCCGGAAUUUACAGCGAAGCGGAGCCGCCGCGCAAGACCAUGAGGCGGGGGGUGCUGAUGACCCUGCUCCAGCAGUCGGCCAUGACGCUGCCCCUCUGGAUCGGCAAACCCGGCGAGAAACCCCCCCCUCUCUGUGGGGCGGUGCCGGCGGCCGGGGACUACGUGGCCCGUCCCGGGGACAAAGUGGCCGCUCGGGUGAAGGCGCUGGAGGGGGACGAGCAAUGGAUCCUGGCCGAGGUCGUCAGCUACAGCCACGCCGCCAACAAACGGCACACCCUGAGCCGGCGCCGCAUCAUCCCCCUCCCCCAAUGGAAAACCAACCCCGAGACCGACCCUGAGGCGCUGUUUGGGAAGGACCAGCUGGUGCUGGCGCUGUACCCACAGACCACCUGCUUCUACAGGGCCCUCAUACACGCCCCGCCACACAGGGUGAGUGUGCGCACCAGUACGGACCAGUUCGGACCAGUUUAUACCAGUAUAAAUCGGUCCCAUCCCAGUGCCCCCCCCCAAUCCCCCUCACAACUCUCCCAGUCCAACAACAGGCCUCGCCCCUUAGCAACGGCCCCGGCCUCCCUAGCAACAGGCCACGCCCCCUAG